AUGAGUUCCCCUCUAAGACCUAGCAUGUCGUCUGCGAAUCGAGGUCCUCGUCCAGCAAACUCCCGCAAGCGCUCGAGAGAGCCUGAAGACGAUCUUCCAUCAUCUGCCGCACACCCUCCUUCAAGCCCACCUCCUUCUUCACCGCCGGUUUUCCCUGGAGGAUUUGAAGACGAUGACGAAGCAGGAAUAGAUCCGGACGACGAUCCAAUCGGUGAUAUCGACGAUGCUGAUGAAAUGGCCGAAGAUGAAGCUGGAAUAGAUUUAUUUGCCGACAACUUCGAUAAAGAUUAUGCAGAGGCCGACAAUGACGGAUAUAGAGGACGUGACAUCGACGAUGAAGGCGAUUACGAAGAGCUCGAUCCUGCAGAACGUAGAAAACUCGAGGCAGCCCUGAACCAGCGCGACAGAGCUCUCGCUCGAGCUCGGAAAAUGCCAUCUGCCUUCCUACCAGACGACGAUGAUGAUGGCGCGGUCGAUCUCAUGCGACAACGCCGUCGCAGACGUGGGAGGUACGAUGAGGAUCAAGACGAAGAGAUGGACGUGAUGCAAGAGGAACUCCCUAUUGAAGCCCUCCAGGAUGUCAAGGCGGCAAGUCUGACAGACUGGGUCGCACAAGCUGCUGUCGAGAGGACCAUCGCAAGGGAAUUCAAGGCAUUUCUGACGACAUAUACAGACGAACAUGGCACUUCCGUGUAUGGUACACGAAUCAGAACACUGGGAGAAGUCAACGCAGAAUCUCUGGAAGUCUCCUUUGACCAUCUUUCUGACUCUAAAGCAACGCUGGCCUACUUCUUGGCCAAUGCACCCUCAGAAAUGCUCCAAAUAUUCGAUCGCGUCGCUAUGGAGGUCACGCUGCUCCACUAUCCAGACUACGAGCAGAUUCAUUCUGAAAUCCACGUACGAAUCAGCGACCUGCCCGUUCAAUAUACACUUCGUCAACUUCGUCAGACCCAUCUCAACUGUCUUGUGCGAGUUAGUGGUGUGGUAACUCGCCGUACAGGCGUAUUUCCUCAGCUUAAACUUGUCAAGUUUGACUGUCAGAAGUGUGGUAUUACGUUGGGGCCAUUCCAGCAAGAGUCGAAUGUCGAAGUGAAGAUUUCUUACUGCCAGAACUGCCAGUCCAAAGGCCCCUUUACUUUGAACACCGAAAAGACGAUAUACCGGAACUAUCAAAAAUUGACCCUUCAGGAGUCUCCGGGAACUGUUCCUGCAGGCCGUUUGCCCCGGCAACGUGAGGUCAUCCUCCUCUGGGAUCUGAUUGAUUCUGCCAAACCCGGGGAAGAAGUUGAAAUUACUGGAAUCUACCGUAACAAUUACGAUGCGCAAUUAAAUAACAAGAACGGUUUCCCAGUGUUCGCUACGAUUCUCGAAGCCAACUAUGUUGUCAAGUCCCAUGAUCAGUUGGCCGGCUUCAGGCUCACAGAAGAAGAUGAACGUGAGAUCCGCAAAUUGUCCAAGGAUCCGAAGAUUGUGGACAAGAUCAUUGCUUCUAUCGCACCGAGUAUCUACGGUCACACUGACAUCAAGACUGCCGUCGCGCUUUCUUUAUUCGGAGGUGUGAGUAAAGUAGCGCAAGGAAAGCAUGCAAUUCGUGGUGACAUCAACAUUCUUCUACUUGGCGAUCCUGGUACGGCGAAGUCACAAGUACUAAAAUAUGUUGAGAAGACGGCACAUCGCGCUGUUUUUGCUACAGGUCAAGGUGCUAGUGCUGUCGGUCUGACGGCCAGCGUCCGCCGUGACCCUUUGACAGCAGAAUGGACGUUAGAGGGCGGUGCUUUGGUCCUCGCGGACAGGGGCACCUGUCUGAUCGAUGAAUUUGACAAGAUGAAUGACCAAGACCGAACAUCCAUUCACGAAGCUAUGGAGCAGCAAACGAUAUCCAUAUCCAAGGCCGGUAUCGUCACCACCCUUCAGGCUCGUUGUGCGAUUGUAGCAGCUGCCAAUCCUAUCGGUGGGCGUUACAACAGCACCAUCCCAUUCUCUCAGAAUGUCGAGUUGACAGAGCCUAUCCUGUCUCGUUUCGACAUUCUUUGCGUGGUGAGAGACACUGUGGACCCAAGCGAAGAUGAGCGUUUGGCGAACUUCGUGGUGAACUCGCACGGUCGUGCCCAUCCUACCAAUGCUGCAGGCAGCAAUCCGAACAACCCAAAUGUUUCUUCGGCUAUGGAUGUUGAUGUCGAAUCAGACUACCCGAAGCAGGAGGGCGAGAUCCCUCAAGAACUACUCAGGAAGUACAUUCUAUACGCUCGUGAGAAGUGCAGCCCGAAACUGUACCAAAUGGAUCAAGACAAGCUUGCUCGUCUGUUCGCAGACAUGCGUAGAGAGUCUUUAGCUACUGGAGCAUACCCGAUCACUGUUCGUCACUUAGAAGCCAUCAUUCGUACCGCUGAAGCGUUUGCCAAGAUGCGUCUUUCUGAAUUCUGCAGCUCGGUAGAUCUCGACCGUGCCAUUGCUGUCGCGGUUGACUCGUUCGUGGGCAGUCAGAAGGUCAGCUGUAAGAAGGCACUUGCUAGGGCGUUCGCCAAAUAUACCCUUGCCAGACCUGGGGCUGUGAAACCUACAGGCCGGGUCUCAGGAAGGACGCAACAGGUCAAUGUACGGGUAUGA